CUACUCCCCCUAUUUCAAGUUGUUUGUCUUGCUUUCCUUUUUAGUUUGUUUCAAGAAGAAUGCCUCUUUCCUAAUUUGGCAACUCAGUAAUAAGUAACUUCAACAUCCUACGUGGCGUGUUUAAGACCAACAGAAUGAAGUGAAUUUUGAUGCAUUAUACAUAUCUAUAAUUUAAGACCACAAGAUUUAAUAAUCUUCUUUACUUAAACUCCGUGCCAAGUCAAACUAAGACAAGCAAAUUGAAACAGAGGGUAUAUUAGUUUUGUCAACAAUAGAAAAUAUAUUUAUUAGUUUUGUCAUAGUGACUACUGUCUACAAAGUCAGUUUGUUUGGUCCCAUUCAUUAGUUAUUAAAGUUGUAGCCUGUUGUUUUGCAAACUUCUGGAGUAAAAUGCUCUCUAUGUGCAAAGAUGAAUGAUGGAUAAAUGCCCUUGUACUUGGUCUAUGUUCGUUUUGGUUUUACUGCUGUCAAUAUACAUGUUACCCUACUGCCUUUGCAUGCUUAAACAAGAUCUUUUCAAUUCCUUUAUGACAAAGCAAGGCGAUAACUUUUAUUGCGUGGGUCUCCUACCUAUUGAAGGAAUGAUUGGUAUUAUUGGACAGAACUUUAUGGAGGGAUAUCGAUUGGUGUUUGAUUGGGAAAACAUGAAGUUGGGUUGGUCUCACUCCAAGUGUCAAGAUAUAGGUGGGACAGCAAAGGUAUCACCAACACCACCUCCGAGUGGUUUGACAUCAAAUCCGCUGCCAACGACUGAGCAACAAAGAAACUCGGGUGGACAUGCAGUUGCACCCGCCAUUGCCGGUAAAGCUACCCCUAAACCAUCUGCAGCAUCACUCCUUGCAGUUUCAUGGCAUUACACUAUGAGUUCUCUUCUAUUUUCAUUGGUUGUAUGGUUGCGUUAUCUGAUAUAGCAUUUGUAAUUAUGUACGUAUAUGUAAAUUCUCAUUUCUUCAAUCAGAUCCUUUUCUCACAAAUCAUUCAGUCUAGUCAGUUAAUUUCAUUGGUGUUGUUUCUUUCCUCAUAUCUAUAGCUCUUUCUAUGUCA